AUGGCUGACUGGGGGGAAAAGUUCGUUGUCAUCCAAUCGCCGCGGGCUAGUUCUCAACCGAUUGCGUUCACAUGGGUGAAGCAUGUCCUGGGUGUGAGGCUUUCUCUCGUAUGUCUUCUGUUGAUUGCUUCCAGCUUGUCCUGGCACAGCAUUUGCGUCUGUGCAGCUUCCGAACCAACCAGUGUCAGCAAUGCCUCCUUGCUAAGCAAGACCAAGCCGAUCACUGCUGCAUUCACCGGGCUCAGCAAGACAGGUGAAGCAGGUGAAGGAGGCAACUCAGUUUUAGAACCGGCAUUUAAGGCUGAUACGCAAAUAUACAAGGCUUCACUUGGCAAACAGGCAUUAACCGACUCACCAAAAGUGAAUAUCGAGGAACCAAAUGUGGUUUCCGAGGAGGAAAGUAUCGGAGAUCAAAUGCCUGUCCAACAGCGACCUUCGCUUGCAGUGUUCACCACUAGCGCGAAUACAAACAUCUCUUUAACAGUCGCCACCUUAGCUGUUUACACAAAUGAGGGGUGCCCAUAUUCCCAGGAAGCACUUAGGGAGGCUCAGGUAGCACAAACGAUUGUCCGAAAACAUGGAGGCACAAUUAAUAUACGUCAUGUGGACAUGACGAAGGAGAAAGAACUGGGCAGGCUUUUGGCCAUCAAGGCCAUGCCAUGCCUUAGGUUCUACCGAAAUAGCGACAUAAGAAGCACAACGUAUAUAGCUUAUGAAGGUGUUGAUAUGACUGCUGAUGAAAUUGCCUACUGGAUUUUGCAGCAGCUAGGUAAAACAAUUCAAAUCGCACCAAUAGGCCAGGAAACUUUUCGUGUUGCCGCCGUCAAAGGCUCUACCGUCGGUCCUGUUGUGCAUGCUUCUGUCCAUGAAGGGAGCCCGCGAGCUGCGCUUGUAACAUGGCUGUCGACGAACCGGGAGCAACUGCCAUCUAAAUCCACCCUAUUUAAUAUAAAAUAUGUAGACCUAUCACAACAGGAACAAUUUCGUGUUUACAGGAAACGGUUGCCGUUUGAUGUGGGAGAGGAAGAAUACCUUACUUUGGAAGAACCGCAAUGGGAACCUAAAUCUAUCCUGGCAUUGAUGCUAGCAGCGGAAAACAGGAAAGUGUUCUAUGGGGACAGGCCCUCUCGGAUUCUUCUGGGGAAACGGGCGCUUCUUUCUGUCUACGUUAGCCACCACGAAAACUUGCAGGAUAUUGCAUUGCUGUUGAUGGAGUUUUACGAAACAUACCGUGAACGUCUGGCUUUUCACAUUGCCAAAGGCACUCUUAAAGAGGCAGCGAGGUCCCAAGACACAUUCAGCCAUAGUUGGGGUGGUGCUGUUAUCAUCGACCAGCAAGCAAACCCAGCGGCCUACCAAAAAGUUACAGGGGUCCUACGGGAGCAUUCUCCAUUCUCUCAGUAUUCCUUAUCAAUGCCAUUCAAUUACCAUAGCAUACAGUUGUUUCUCAAACAAUGGAGUACGGGAAAUUCGGAACUUCAUUUCCGGUCGAAUCGCCUAAGUUAUACUGAAAAGGAAAGCCAUGUUACGGAACUUAAUCAUUUCCACUUUCUUAAAACACUACUCCAACCAAACCGGGCCCUUCUUGCCGUUUUGUAUUAUGAACCGGACUGCUCAGAUUGUCAAGUAUACCUGCAAGUAUGGAAGGAGGCGUCUGAACUCUUUAAGACAGCAGAGCAUUUGAAGAGUCAGGUUAUCUUCGGCCAACUAGACGGCAGCCUUAAUGACAUCGUUGAUUUUGACAUAAAAAAGAGGAUCCCCUCAAUCGUUGUCUACCCAGAGGGCCCAAAAGCUCUAGACAGGCGGUUGCUUUACACCGGGUCUCCCAUCGUAACUGAUAUAUUGGGAUUCCUAAGCACGCUUGCUGCGAAGCGUGACGAACUCUAG